GGAGAACCGAGAAUAUAUAUAUAUACAUAUAUACAGAACAGCAGGCGGCAGGAGCAGCCGGACAAAAAAAGAGUGAGAGAGAGUGGGGAGGAUCGGAGAGGAGCAAAGUAGAGAGAGACUAGGUGGGAGAGAUGAUGAGACUCGACGCGCAGGUUAAAGAGAAAUUGUCAGAAGCAUUGGGAGUCAUUUGUGUGCAGGAACUCCGUAUGCCAAGAGCUGUGUGUGUUCCUUGUUUUUUUUUUCAUCAUUCGAAAAACCAAAAGGAAGAUUUUUUUCAAAAAAUAGAGUGUGAUUGUGGUGUAAUAUUGUGAUGUGUUUAUAACCUCUUUUUUGGAUUAAACAAUUGAAAAAGGGUUGUUGAGAGGGGUAUCAAAUAUCGUUGAACCGGUUUUUUUUUUCUUUCCCCGACGGAUGAGAAACAUUACGUGACAAAAAAAAAAAGAAGUGUUUAUGUUGAUUCAUCUCACACGCUUAAUAUGCUACGCGUAUAUUAUUUCAAGACUUGUGAAUAGAGUGUGGUGUAAUCAGCCUUCUUCUUUUUUUCUGGGAUUUUUAAUCAAGUACCAAAUAAGGAAAAAAGCUUCAUGGACAAUACGGUCAAUAGGACAGAAACAGCAUCUGCAAAAGUGAAUCCAAAAAUUGGACAGUAUCCAAAAAAUUACAGUGCAACCAACAUUGUACCAGAAUUAUUGAUUGGUCAAUCAAAAUCUUAUCCAAGUUCAUCAUAUCGAGAUUUAUCGACACAUCAUCAUUUGGAAAAUCAUAAUUCUCCGGAAAGUAUUGACAGUGCCAUUGAAGAAGAAUAUACAUGUAAAAUAUGUUACAAAGUAUUAAGAUCAGCAAAUUCGUUGGAGCGUCAUAUACUUGUGCAUUCUGAUGAUUUAUCCUUUAAAUGUAAUCCUUACAAUAUGGCAUUCACCAGUACUAACGGAACAAUGAAUAGACAUUCAAAAAUUGCUCACAAUCGUCUCUCAUCAUCUCACAGUUGUUCUGAUUCAGAGGGUAGCAAUGAUUCUGAAUCAUCACCAUCGAAAAAAAUUGAGGAAUACAAUAAUAAUGAAAUAGCAAAAAGAAAUUCACCAUCCGAUCUUAUUGAUGAUGAAAAUGAAUCACUUAAUUUAUUAAAAAGAAAAUCACUCGACUAUAGCGAGGAUUUAACACCGCAGAAAAAAUUUAAAAAUAAUUUAUCAUCAGAAACACAACAUAAUUACACGUGUCCAAUUUGUGGUAAACAUGAUUUUGCCACAAGUUCACUUCUUGAGAUACAUCUUGAGCAUCAUCAUUUGGAAAUUGAUAAAUGUGACUCUGAUUUACCAUACAAAUGUCACAGGGUUUUGAAUCUUCAUCGUUCGGUGAAUAAUAUUAAUGAAAAUUCCUAUAGAAAUGCAACGAGAAAUUUACGACAUUCAGUGGAGGGUUUUGGUGAUUUGACAUUUGUCGAUUUCACAUCAACAAAAUAUCCCAUGAUUGCACGCGCAAAAUGUGAAGAAUUUCUUCAUAGACCAGCGUCUGGUGAAAUGGCCAAAUUUCAAUGUGCAAAAUGCCUACGCGCCUUUCCCUGUAAGUCAGCUUUGGAUUCCCACGAGAUGGAUUGUGGAAUUCCAAAUGUUCACUGGAAGGGAAACGAUGCCCAAUCGAGAAGGGAUGAUUUCUUCGCGGGAUUAAAUUUACAAAAUAAAGCUGCCAUGACAGAAGCAAAAGAUGGAAAAGAUUUGGCUGAUAUUCAAAGUAUCAUCAGCAUCACAUCGAGUCCAAUUCUUCACAGUUUCUCAAGAUCGGAUGCAAGCACUCCAGACAAUUGUAGCAACAAAAUUAAUCAAAAUGUUGGAUCGUCUGGAUCAUCAGGAACAGUUUCAUCAGAAUGUAACGAAGAGGAAACACAAGAUGCGUUCGCUGCUGAAUUUAGAAAAAUGAAACUAAAAGGCGAAUUUCCCUGUAAACUUUGCGACGCUGUAUUUCCAAAUUUAAGGGCUCUCAAGGGACACAAUCGAGCUCACAUGGGAGUUCCACCUGGAAUGCCCUAUCCAUGUAAUAUUUGUAAUUACACCAGCACUGAUAAAACAACACUAACGAGGCAUUUGAAGACGCACAAUGGCGACAGACCCUUUGAAUGUGCACAGUGUACUUACGCCUUUACCACUAAGGCAAAUUGUGAACGACACGUUCGAAAUCGUCAUGGAAUUCACGAUAAAAAUGAAGUUCAAAAAACAAUAAUUUAUCAUCCAACAGAAGAUUUGACAAACGACAGUCUCGAUAGAAGCAUGUCAAGAAGUGUCAAGGAUGAAGUGAGAAAAACUCUCGUCUUUCCCAAAGAAGAAAAUUAUCAUUCCUAUAAUAUGAUGCAAAUGCAUCAGGAGAUAAAUAUAAAAGAGGAAAAAAUGGUCGAAUUACCAAAUCCAAUAAAUCAACUAAAUCCAAUGCAAAAUCACUACGAACAAGAAGUAUUUCCCCGUCCAAGAUCUGUGCAACCAUUGGAAUUGACAUACAGAAGUUCACCGCAGCAUCCAAUCAAGACGGAGUCAAAAGAGGAAGAUCUCGAAUCGAGAUCAUCGGAGGGCAGCGUAUCUCUAGUCAAUGAAACCAAACCGGACAUACACCAAAGAAUUCAAGCUAGUCCGAUGAACUUGAAAAAAACAAGUGAUUCCUCAAGUGACGACGGUCCCUUGGAUCUCUCAAUGGAUGUUCUCGAUCUUAGCAAAAAAUCCAAAGACAAGGAAAUUGAUAACGAAGAACAGAAAGAAUUUUACAAUUCACCAAAUCCACUUCUUCUAACGCAAGCUCUUUUAAAGGCACGUCAAGUAAAUUCCCCUCCAACGUCAUUGGAAGCACUUUACGCCAACGCUCACGCAAAUAUGAUUUACAACAAUUUGGCCCUUUCAUCUGGUACCGGAUUGAUAUCACCCUAUUUUUUGAACUCAAUUUUCGAGCAAGGUUACGCAAUGAAGGAACGAUUACAAAAAGAACUUGCACGUGGUCUACAAACAAGUGGCGGAUCCCUAGUUGAACAGCAACCAACACCAGUUCCUGAAAAUCCAGUAUUCAGUAACUAUCCACCAAGAGGAAGAACUCCACAACCACCGCGCGAUGAACAAAUUUACACCAACGUUCAAGUAUCCCCUCGCGAAAGAAUUAGCGAAUCAUCAAAUUCAGUGAAAAUGGUCAUAAAAAAUGGUGUUCUUAUGCGUAAACAAAAACAACGACGCUACAGAACCGAAAGACCAUUCACUUGUGAAUAUUGCUCGGCUAAAUUCACUCUCAAGACAAAUAUGGAACGACACAUUAAACAACAACACAACGAACUAUGGCAUCGAAGACCCCGGGGUGGUCAUUCAACUCGAGGACGACCUCCAGCGAGACCUCCAACAUUGUUACAAAAUAUUGGACCCUCUCAAUCAUUCAUAAGAGCCAAAUCAUCCUACGAAGCACCAAAAGAAGACGACUAUGGAAGACAUCCAAUUUCCGAUCAAGUGAAAUACGCAAUUUUGGCUCAACAACUCAAGGGAAUUAAAACCGAAGAAGCUCAAGACUCCGACGAAGAAUUAGUUAUUGACGAAGAAGCCUGUGGAGAAAAAUCCAUCAGCCUCCUUAGGGGAAAAUUGGAAAAUUCCGAAUCCAAAGAACCUGAACCUGAAGAUGAAGACGAAGAAGAAGAACCUCACCAUAUGGAGGAAAUAGAAAAUUUUAAAAUAGAACAAGAAUCAAUUGAAAUAACCGAAACAAUAAUAAAAACCGAGGAGGAGGCUGCUGAUCUUGCCAGUGUUCCAAAAUUGAUACAAACAGCAUCGCAAAACUAUCCUCAAUUUAAAUCCCAAUAUUUAAGCGACGAAGAUGGAAUACCUCAUUCAAAUAGCGAAAAUUCAGGCAAUUCAGUCAGCACUGAUGAAAAAUCAGAAAAUUCCUCAACAUUUAUUAAAAAAAAGAAAAAAAAGAAGAAAAUGAAAGCAUCGGCCUAUUCAAUGGCGCCAAAUCGAGUAAUCUGUAAAUAUUGCCAUCGUGAAUUCCCCUGGAUUUCAUCCCUUCGACGACAUAUUCUCACACACACUGGUGUUAAACCCUACAGAUGUGAUUAUUGCAUGUUGGAUUUUACAACAAAAUCAAAUUGUGAUCGUCAUUUGAAUCGUAAGCACAAGAGUCUAUUACAACGUUCAAAUGCACGUAAUAUUCGUAAUUCCUCAUCGCCCGAUAAUCAAGAUUCAAGAGUCACGAAUAACAAUAGCUUCUCAACGAGAAACGUUCCUGAACGACCCUACAAAUGUAAUCAAUGUCCAAGUUCAACAUUCGCGACAUUGGGCAAUUUAAAGAAACACAGAUCAACGAAACAUUCACGAACAAUGAAUUCCCGUUCAGAGACGUCUUCCAGCGAUCAUCAACACUCGGAUCAUAAUCAAAAGCAAAAUGAUCAAAGCGGCGAUGAUGGCGGUUCGUCGAGUUCGGAAAAUGUCGAAAAUCCAACAAUGGAAUUAAAUCAAAAGAAUACAAUUAUUCCCUCUUCCAAUGAAAAUCGAUCGUGUCGUACUUCACCGACUUCAUCGCCAGGACCAACUGACACACCAUUCAAAUGUCAUAUUCCAAAUUGUGACAACGGCUUUGCUGAACGUCAGGAUUGUCUCGAUCACAUAAGAAUGCAUCAUGAACGAGAAUACGAGAUUUUAGUAUCGAAAGGCGCUUUACAAAUGGGAAUCACUUCCGCCGAGGAGCAACAACCUCCGGUUAAUCAACACUCGAGCGAUGGUCCCCGAUCCCUUGACUACAAAGACAGAAAGGUUGUCUGCGCCUUUUGCAUGAGACGAUUCUGGUCGGCUGAAGAUCUUCGACGUCACGUGAGAACUCACACUGGCGAGAAACCCUUUUGGUGUGAUAUUUGCGAUAGACGAUUCACUCUCAAGCACAGUAUGCUACGUCAUCGAAAGAAGCACGAGUCAGUUGAUUCAACAAUGUACAUUGGCAGUGGUGAUGAGGAAAUUUUACCCAAUCAACCACCAACAAUUACGCCAAGAAGUCAACAACAAUCGCCAGCUUCAAUUCAUGCAGCAACAACGGGCAAUUCAAUGAUUGCUGAAAGAAUGUCAUCAUUACCAACUGUUGCAACUAUUGCAACUGGCGAUGCUGCUCCAAGUAGUUUAACAAGGUUUAAUCCUUACGAAAAACUAGCCACACUCACCAGUAAAUUAUCAAAUUUCCAGAGCAAUCAUGAUCUAACGGAAACAGGUAAUGAUCUGAUCUCCAAUUUACUAGGAAUCAAAGAUCCUGGUAUUAUUGAUAAAAUGCUUCUUGCUACUCCUGAUGAUGCUGCAAAAUUAUUAGGAGUCAAGGGGGAAUAAAUAGAAAACAAUUCUUAAUCAAGCAGGAUUGUAUCUGUAAAUUGACAAUUAUUGUCAAGAUAAAAAUAGCUUUUCAGGAUUAAGAUAUAUAUAUUUUUUUUGUAAUAUAUUUUAUUCUUCAUUAAUUAUUUCUAUUGCAUUGUGUACACGCUCGUGCCUUAGAGAUAGUAAUUUAAAAAUUCAGUUUUAACUGGAAAAAAAGUCUGUAAGUUUUUAUAGUCAUAGGUAGUUGAUCAAUGUAGUGACUUAGAUUUUAGUGUGUGUAAAUAGGCACUUGGUGAAUUAUAAUAAAAAUCUCAAAAUACUUUCUAUUUUACAUGUCAAAAUUCAUAGCAAGGGAAAUUACUUUUGUAUUUUUAAUUUUUUAAUUUUCAUUCACAAUUUUUCAUUUCUUUUAAAUAAGAAUUUAAUUUCUUGAAUUUUUCUUAUUCUAAUUAAUUUAAAAAAAAAACAAUUACAUGCUUUUUACGAUAAUUAAAUUGCAAAAUGUAUGAAAUUGAAAAAAAAAUCGACAUUAAUUCACUAUUUGAAAAUUAUAGUUAAUUUAUUACAACUAUUAUUAUUAUUAUAAGUUUUUUUCGUUUAAAAAAAAUCAUUGUAUAUAGAUUAUAUAUUAAGAAAUAAAUUUAAGUUGCGAUAAACUUUUUCGCUAAAGUUUCAUAAAACAACGAAUUAGAGAGUGAAAUAAAUAAUAUGUAAUUUAUGGAACUUUAACGAAGAAAUUACAGGAAAAAAAAACCGAAAAUUAAUUUAAGGGAAAAUAUCAAUCUCUCUUUUAGAAAGAUUAUUAUAUGUCGUCCGAAAAAGACAUAUUUAUUAGAUAUUAGAAAAAAUAAAUAAAUAAAGCUGAUUGUUAAGAUAUUCUCGCUGAGAAUGUUAAUUAAUUAUAUUUAAAUUAUUAAAUUCAUUAAAUAAUUUAAAAAAAGAGAGAAAGAGAUGAUAGAAAACAAACCAGAAAAAAAAUUACAAUUGUUUCUUCUGGAAUUGUUAUUAUUAUUUGAAUCCAAAGAAACUUUUUAUUGACAAAUUAAGAAUAGCCAUAUAUAUAUAUAUAUAUAUAUAAAUAAUAAAAUAUUAUAUUUCGGUUCUAUUUAUUAAUGUAUAAAUUAAUAAUAAUAAUAGUCUUCGUGUCUCUUCAUGAAAGCAACGACUGCAAUUUAAGGUGCGUUCCUAAAAAAAAAGGUGAUUAGCACUAUAUAUUGUAAUAUUUAUUCUUAUUAAAAGCGAGAAGUCAGUCAUAGAGAACGCACUGCUACAAUUAAGCCAUAGAAGUAAUUUAAAAAAGUCAAUAUUUCUUUUUAAAAAAAAAUUUUGUUAAUGUUCAUCUUUUUCUUAAAAAGAAAAUUUUCAUUGUAACAAGGGCUCUUAUGUAUCAAUAUUAAAUAUUUUCAAUUUUUUCAUAAGCGAAUUUAUAUAAAUUAUAGUUUAAUUAAAAAUUCAAUUUAAUAGUCUUGAAUUUAUUGUUAACUUUUUUUUUGGGACAAAGAAGAUUUAUAUCUGCAAUUUGAAAAAAAAGAACUCAUGUGCAAUAAUGUAUUUCUUUCUUUUUCAUUGAAUCGUAAAAUUAAAUUUCGAAUAUGAAAUACAUUAAAUUUCAAAUUUGUCCUAAAAAAUAAGUGAAAUAUAUCAAUAUCGAAAUCUGAAUUUUCGAUUUGAAUAUCUAGGUUUUCUCCUUUUUGACUUUUAUGUGUAGUAGAGCAAACUUAUGUAAUUAAAUGACAGGAAAUAAAUAAAAAAAGCAGAGUUUAUUGCAUUUAAUCGAUUUAUAUUUUAUUAUCUAAAGAUCUAGUUGUAUUUAGAUAGCAUAAAUGUGCGUUUUAAAUUAUCUCACCUAGUUUUCCAAGGAUAUGAUAUUACAAAGAUCGCAAUAAAUCAAAUGCUAUUGAGUGCUAAGAAUGAUCUGUGAAACUCGAUUUUAAUCUGUAAUCUGUAAAUAUAGUUGAAGUGAUUUGAAAAACUUCCUUUUAAAAAAAAUGCAAUCCCUCGAUUUGAUAUAUAUAUAUAUAUAUAUAUAUAUAUAUAUAUAUAUAAUAUUUCAUACACUAUUGCGUAAAUUAUCCUCCGCUCUUUUCUUUCUUAUUAUAUUUUCUUUCUAUAUACAUAUAUAUAUAUGAAAAAUUUGACAUUCGCUGUAAUUAAUUUCUUGUUAACUUGUGAUUGAUUAAAAAUUAUAAAAUAAUACUGAGUAUUAAAAAAAAAACAAAAAAAAAGUGUUGAGAAUCUGGCUUUAGAAAAUAGUUAAACCGUGUGUCUUAUUAUAAAUUAAUAAACAUUGUAACACUUACAAAUUGAUCUUGAGUUGUAUCCAUGAUGAAUUAUUAAAAUACACUGCAACUUAAAAAUUA